CUGCGAUAAAGAUUGCACCGCGAUGCUCAACACCUUUAUUGCUCAUGCUGUAAAAUACGUGGAAAUCGCGGAGGACUUGAAAAAUCAAAGGAAAUGGCUUGCUGAAGAACUCGCUGAAAUUGGUUGGAUACCCAUUCAAAGGCGUUUCGACGGUUCCGAGAACUUCAACCGACCUUGGCAGGACUAUAUGUAUGGUUUCGGAAACCGAAGUGGAGAAUUUUUUGUCGGACUGAAGGAAGUGCACUAUAGGACUCAAAAAAGACGCCACGAACUUUUUAUAAGACUUGCAAAUGUUAGUGGAAACACUAGAUACGCUCAUUAUAAUGAUUUUAGAAUCGGAAGCGAAAAGGAAGGUUAUGCUCUAAGGUCGCUUGGAAAAUACUCCGGUACAGCUGGAGACGCCCUAAGAGCACAUGAGAAUCGAAAGUUUACUACCUUUGACGUGGAUAACGACCAUAAUUUAGUACGCAAUUGCGCUUCAAAUGAAUAUGGUGGUUGGUGGUUCGGUAACUGCGCUUACAGCUCCCUAAACGGAAAGUAUUAUCGAGACGGCAUUUGUAAUACAGCCAAUGGGAUCCAUUGGGGCACUUGGCAUGGGUUCAAUUAUACCCACUCGCUUACCGCGGUUGAAAUGAUGAUAAAGCCACUAUCUAAAUCCUACAAGUCGAAUAUGAAUUCCAUACCUUUUUUUUAAUUAUUGGAAGCAACUGCAUUACUAUUAAUGAUGACUAAGCCUUAAAUGUAGAACUAUUCUCAGAUUACUGUACAUUUCAAAUUCGUAUGAACU